CCUGAUUUUAAUGCAAUAUUGGCUGUUAUCGAAAGUCUAAAUCCACGACAUAUACACUUUUCAAGUUAUCUUGCAGAAUUUUUCACCAUAAAUUCAGAUGAAUUAGAUUAUAAGAAUAGAUCAUUAGAAAAGAUGAUUAAAAUAAAUAC